AUGCUGUUCGGUCGUCGAUUCACUUUGGAGACCGAUCAUAAACCGCUCCUGCAGAUAUUUGGCUCAAAGAAAGGUAUUCCCACCUACACCGCUAACAGGCUCCAGCGGUGGGCCUUAACCUUUCUCCUUUACGAUUUCGAAAUUCGCUACAUCUCUACGGAUAGCUUCGGUCACGCGGACAUACUCUCCAGACUCAUCAACCGUCACGUGCGACCAGAAGAGGAAUACGUGAUUGCCAAUCUCCAACUGGAACACAGCAUUCGCACCGUCAUCAACGAGUCGCUGCAGGUUUCCCCGCUCUCGUUCAAGGCCAUCCAGUGCGGAACCAAAAGCGACGCGAAUUUGCAGCAAAUCAUUCGUUUCGUCAACGAAGGCUGGCCGUCGAAGAAGACCAGCAUUACCGAUCCCGGAAUCCAACAAUUUUAUCAACGUCGGGAGUGUCUCUCCGUCGUAGCUGGAUGCCUACUCUAUGGUGAAAGGUUGGUCAUCCCGCCAACGUUCAAAAAGCGCGUUCUCCAACAGCUGCAUAAAGAACACCCCGGAGUUGAACGAAUGCGUUCCGUCGCUCGUCAAUAUGUUUACUGGCCAAACAUCGACGACGAGGUAGCGAAGCUUGUCGCUUCGUGCAACGAGUGUGCCAGCGUAGCCAAGACAGACCGGAAGACUACCAUGGAAUCUUGGCCCGCACCGGAGAAACCGUGGCAACGGUUACAUCUGGAUUACGCCGGUCCGCUGGAUAGGAACUAUUUUCUCAUUCUGGUGGAUUCGUUCACCAAAUGGCCAGAAGUCGUACGAACCAAGGAGAUCACCACCACAGCAACCUUGCGAAUCCUUCGUGGCAUCUUCGCAAGAUACGGUCAGCCGGAAACAUUGGUCACAGAUAAUGGGACACAACUCACCAGCGACCGGUUCGAAUCAUACUGCGACACGAACGGUAUCGUUCACCUGAAGACAGCGCCAUUCCAUCCACAGUCAAAUGGACUAGCAGAGAGGUUUGUCGACACGUUUAAACGGUCGCUCAAGAAAAUCACCGCAGGGGGGGAAACCCUCGACGAAGCCAUCGAUACCUUCCUUCUGUGCUACAGAACAACACCCUGUCGCAGCGCACCUGGUGGGAAAUCUCCCGCUAACCUGAUGUAUGGACGUACGUCUCUGGAAUUACUUCGCCCGCCUAAGCCGCUCUACAAGUUACCUAGUACUAAACAGGAAAAGCAAUCCAACCGGAAGCACGGCGCGAAAGCUCGAAGUUACGAUUCACAAGAUCUCGUCUGGGCUAAGGUCUACUCAGCCAACAAGUGGACCUGGCAGCCUGGCAUGGUGAUCGAGCGCAUCGGUCGGGUUAUGUAUAACAUCUGUCUGCCUGUGAAGCAAAAUCUCAUUCGAUCCCACUGCAACCAACUGCGGACUCGUCACGAAUCUGAAAUAAACGCAGAAGCUGAGACGACACCGGAAACUGCCCAAGUACCGUUGUCUAUUCUCCUGGACAGUUGGGGUUUACGUCCUACUCCUGAGCCGGAAGCUGAUGAACUCGACUUGCCAGCCGAACUCCAAGAAGAUCUGCAGCCACAGAUUAGUCGUCGACGUCAACGAGCCUCCCUUAGCACGCAACAGCAACAACCGAUUCUUACUCGUCAGUCUUCGAGAUCUCGAAGGCAGCCUGCGAGGCCACCACCACCCCAUCGUGAUCCGAAACAGUUACGUUGUCGGAUCACGCAGCUCACUACUGAUAAUUUAUUCGGAAAUCUAUUUUACCGUCCAAAUCCAAACAAAUUGGACGGAUUUAAAAGUACGCCUUCGAAUACAAUGGACCCACUGGAUCCCGUCCCAUUGUCGCACGCCACACGAAGUGCCUCUCUUCCAAUGACCUUGAUCGCGACCCGAGGCCCCAUAGCCUCGAGCUAUAUUUACGCACGGGAGAUAAACAACAAUAAAGGUGACGGCGGCGGUGGCGGUGGAAAAUAUUCCGAACAUUCCACAAAACGGGUUACAUUCGGGGUAAAUGCAUAA